AUGGGGAAGAUACCGAUCCUGGGACUGGGUACCUGGCAGGCUGCUCCAGGAGAAGUGACAGAAGCUGUGAAAGUGGCAAUAGAUGUGGGAUAUCGGCACUUUGACUGUGCUUACUUCUACCACAAUGAGAAUGAGGUUGGAGCAGGGAUCCAGCAUAAGAUCAAGGAGGGCGUGGUGAAACGGGAGGACCUGUUUAUUGUCAGCAAGCUAUGGUGUACCUUCCACAAGAAGUCCUUGGUGAAAACAGCAUGCCUGAAGAGUCUGAAGGCCUUAAAAUUGGAUUACUUGGACCUCUAUCUCAUCCACUGGCCCAUGGGUUUCAAGGUACAAUUCAGUAGGUGGUUAGAUACCCAGUGUGCACUCCUUUUCUUCUGGUUUUCACAGCCUGGGGAGAAAGAUUUGCCUUUAGAUCGUAGUGGCAAGGUAAUACCCAGUGAAACGGACUACCUGCAAACAUGGGAGGCUAUGGAAGACCUGGUGAUUGCAGGGCUAGUGAAGUACAUUGGGGUUUCAAACUUCAACCAUGAGCAGCUUGAGAGACUUUUGAGUAAGUCUGAUUUGAGAGUCAAGCCAAUAACUAACCAGAUCGAGUGCCACCCAUAUCUUAAUCAGAGGAACCUGAUUAGUUUUUGUCAAGCCAGAAAUAUCUCUGUGACUGCUUACCGUCCUCUUGGUGGUUCACGUGAGGGGGCUGACCUGAUGGAUGAUCCUCUGAUUAAGAGGAUUGCACCGAAAUACCAUAAGUCUCCAGCUCAGAUAUUGAUCCGAUUUCAGAUCCAGAGGGAUGUAAUAGUGAUUCCCAAAUCUGUCAAUCCGAAGCAGAUUCAAGAGAAUUUUCAGGAAGGUGUGUUUGAUUUUGAAUUAACAGAAGAAGAAGUAGAUGAGCUUCUCUGCCUGGACAGGAAUUUCCGAAUGGCCAAAUUCCCCAUAUCUGAAAACCACAAAGACUACCCUUUCCACAUAGAGUACUAA